UGGAGCAAUGCCCAAGACCCUUAUUUGUGUUUGUUAUACCCUCGCCUGCGUCGACAAUUUUUCACUACCCCUAUUUCCAUUGUUAGUAACCUAAGCGCUACCAUGGAUCUUUUUCAAGACAACUUCAUUCAGGCUACCAUCGAUCCCAAGAUCAUCUUACAACUACCCCUGUUGGAUAUCAUUCUCAAACCCCCACAACCACACACUGCUCCCGUGGCGUCUGUGAUUGCUGCAGCCUCUCGGCAAUGCAUUUUGGUGUCUGAUGUGCUAAGUUUUGAUCCCACUAAUAACUGCCUUCGUCGAAAACAUCACAACAAGCUUCCUCGGUGUCGACGCGCCAUCACCCAACUCGUGAAGCUAUUGAACUCUUGGCAGAUACUAUUUCGGCCUUUCGUGAUCAGUGCCUGCGCUCCUGCCCCAACCACCUCAGACGAAGCCCUUGUCGCCUCGACGACAGCUGAUGCCCAAUGCUUGUUUUCAUGGCGGUCCUUUGGCCCUCUGAAUCUCAUACUCGUUCGCCCUAGAACGCUUCGACGGCAGAUUCUGGCUGCCAAUCAUCCCCAUGAGCCUCCCGCCACCACCUUGACACUAUGGGCCCGCUUUUGGUCUAUCUCUUUAACCUCCGUCACCCGUAACUUAUGGUGCCGAAUCCUGCAUUCGAAGCUACCUAGUCGCACGUUCCUUCACCGACUGCUUCCGGCCGUUCACAUCACCGACGAAUGCGCUAUCUGCACUAUUUCGACUGACACACCCAUCCACUUCCUAUACCAAUGCCCCCUUAAACGAGUGGUUUGGGAGAGUAUAUGGCCCGAUCUACUGCUCCUCCCAGUCAACGAAACACAGAUCCUCAAGGCUCUCUAUCAGCUCAAUUUCCCUCGAGAUCCUCCCGACUCCUGGGGUUGA